GUGCUCUUGUAUCUGUAAUUUGUUUUUAGUCUUGCCUUGCCUGUUGGCUGAAAAUUCUAAUCAAUCAACAAGUUUUCUUUGAAGAAAAUGAUUUUCGGAUAUUUCCUCAUAACAAUUACUUGUUGUGCAGCAAUUGCAACGUCAGCAAGCGUCGUUGAACAACAAACAUGCGAAUUAAACUUUGUUACCGAACUUGCUUCAAUACCCAAUCGAAUUCAGCAACUAGAAGAGAAGGCAGCUGCACUUGAAUUGAAAUUAACAAAAUUGGAAACCAUUACAACUCAACUGGGCGCUCAAACAUCACAAUUAGAAGCAAAAUCUGUACAAGUCGACGCAGCAAUAAAGGACUUGACCAACCUUGUCAAUGAUAUCAGAGCCAAAGCAAUUACCAACAUUCGUCUAGGUGAUCUUCAAACAGCAAACGUAUUUGGUGACCUUGGCUAUGAAGACUCAUACGGUUUUGUGUUGACAAGUGCUGCUAAUUUCAAUAAAGACAAUUAUCUCGAUUAUGUUCGACGACGGAAGAUCGAGAAAUUCGUGAAUGGGAAAUGGGUUUCCAUUUAAAAGACAACGAAACAUAAAUGUAUGUGUUUUUUCCUUAGAUUUCUCUAAGGUUUUUUCCACUUUUUUCGUUUUCUUUGUUAUUCAAGAUAUGA